GGAAGCGCUGCAGUGAGAGCGGAGCCGCGUCGCCCCGUCCAUGGCCGCCUACGCCUACCGCCCGGGCCCCGGGGCCGGCCCCAGCCCCGCCGCGGGCGCGGCGCUGCCGGACCAGAGCUUCCUGUGGAACGUCUUCCAGCGGGUUGAUAAAGAUAGGAGUGGGGUGAUAUCGGACAAUGAGCUUCAGCAAGCGCUCUCCAAUGGUACAUGGACCCCGUUUAAUCCAGUGACCGUCAGGUCAAUCAUCUCUAUGUUUGACCGGGAGAACAAAGCUGGAGUGAACUUCAGUGAGUUCACUGGUGUCUGGAAGUACAUCACAGAUUGGCAGAAUGUCUUUCGCACCUAUGACAGAGACAACUCCGGGAUGAUCGACAAGAACGAGCUCAAGCAAGCACUCUCAGGUUUUGGCUACCGGCUCUCUGACCAGUUCCACGACAUCCUCAUCCGAAAGUUUGACCGACAGGGACGAGGCCAGAUUGCGUUUGAUGACUUCAUUCAAGGCUGCAUCGUCCUGCAGAGGCUGACAGAUAUAUUCAGGCGCUACGACACGGAUCAAGAUGGCUGGAUUCAGGUGUCUUACGAGCAGUAUCUCUCCAUGGUCUUCAGCAUCGUGUAACUACGCCUUGUGAAUAUCAGCACUGUUUGGGAAGAAAAUGCCAACCCCCUACCUGGGGCAAAUCAGGACGAAGAUGCAGUUAGAUUAGUUAUUCUUCCUUCUGUGGGUUUUCUAUAAUUAAUACUUGUGACCCGACUGUACAUACACGUUUAAACCGAUUAGUGCUAUUGCAGUUGUAACAGUAGCUUCAGUGAUACGAUUACAAACCUUGGCUUUGCUGACUGGGCCGUGAGGUAAAGUGUAAUAAUGAUUCAGAUAUUUUACGUGCAAGCAAAACAUGUAUCAUGUCCUUUUCUCAACAUCUUCAGUUCUGUAAUUGAAAAUGCUUCCACUAGAGUAGAAUUUUCAAAUUAUAUGGAAUGUUAUGAGUAAUAAUGGAACUUGCACAGAAACUUUUCAUGUGCCUUACUUUUUUAAGAGAGUAUUUAUUGUAUUCAUUGAAACAUACAAAAUAUGCAAUAAAGUAAUGAUACAGAAUACUGGA